GCAGCUACAGAUCGGUCCUGAGGAACAACCCCAAAAAUCGUGAUCAUGGGCAGGAUCAUCUUCUACGAGGAGAGGAACUUCCAGGGUCGCUCCUAUGAGACCAGCAGCGACUGCCCUGAGCUCACCUCCUACCUGAGCAGGUGUCACUCCUGCAGGGUGGAGAGCGGCUGCUUCAUGGUCUACGACCGACCCAACUUCAUGGGCAACCAGUUCUUCAUGAGGAGGGGCGAGUACGCCGACUACAUGAGCACGAUGGGAAUGUCCGACUGCAUCAAGUCUUGCCGUACGAUCGCCUCGCACAGAGGAACCUUCAGGAUCAGGAUCUAUGAGAAGGAGAACUUCGGUGGUCAGAUGAAUGAGCUGAUGGACGACUGCGAGAACAUCCAGGAGCGCUACCGCAUGUCCGACUGCCAGUCCGGCCACGUGAUGGACGGCCACUGGCUGCUGUUCGAGCAGCCCCACUUCAGAGGCAGGAUGAUGUACCUGAGGCCCGGAGAGUACCGCAGCUUCAGGGACCUGGGCAUGAGCAGCACCAGGAUCAUGAGCAUGAGGCGCAUCAUGGAUUCCUGCAACUAAAUUCUUACGAAAUCCCACGAAAUAAAGUGACCAACUCUCACGCAUAGACUCUGCACAAUAAAACAAAAUAAAGACCAUCAUUUGUAAAAACUUGUUUUGAGAGUCU